AUGCCGAGUUUAACGUUCAGUAAUGGCUUGAAAAUGCCCAUAAUCGGGCUUGGAACGGCUGAUGUGAGUUCUUCUCAUGUUAAUAUUGGAGAGAGUCUUUAAAUUUUGUUUAAUUGUGGAUUUGGAUAAAAAAUUAAAGAUGUACAACUAUGUUGACAAAGUAAAUUAAAAUUUACCUCUUCCACCAUCAAAGCCCAAAUAACCUACUUGCUUAUACUAAACAAGCAGAAAAGCCUUCUUUUUACUAAAGUGUAGUAGAAACGACUUCUUAUAGCUGCCCUUUUAAUAAAACUGGUGUUUUAGUCCUCCGAAGGUGAGUGUAGGACAGCUGUGUUCAAUGCCUUGGAUGCUGGUUACCGGUCGAUUGAUACCGCUUACAGUUAUGGUACCGAGAAGAGUAUUGGAAAGGCUUUACAAGAAUACUUUAAGGAUCAUGACUUGAAGCGGUCUGACUUGUUUUUGACUACUAAAGUAAGUUUAUUGUUUCCAUAACUGUAUUAGACCGAUUAAAGAGUUUUUUUAGCAAGAGUGUUUGUAGAUUUACUUCCAAUAUGAUUAUACCUUAAAGUAGUAUUAUGACGUUAGUAUGGUAACUAAACAAUAAGGGACCCUGUCAAUGCGAUUUAUAUGGCAUUAAAAUAAGUUAAAAUAUAAUUUUAGCUUCCACGAAACUUCAAUCGACCAGAAGAUGUUGAGAAGUGUCUAAAGGAAGAGCUAGAAGCCCUACAAACUGAUUAUGUUGAUUUAUAUCUUGUCCAUCAUCCAAUUGCCUCUACGGUAAGUUUUAUUUUUUUUUACAAGGACUUGUAUUACCUACGAACCAGGUUAUCUUACUCAAUAUAUGUCAUGAAUUGAUUUAUUUAUAAUAUGAUUUAUAGUUUGUUGUUCAAAUAGUUAUGUGCUCUCUCUUUAAGAAAAUUUUAGAGGUUAGGGGUCACAGAAUUAUUUGAACAACCUAAUAUAUAAAUAUUAUUUAGAAAAUAAAAUAAAAAUUACACAAAUGGUUCUUUCAGCCAGACAAAGAAGACCACGACACAUCAGUGCUCCCAGAACAUACCUGGAAUGCCAUGGAGCAAGUGUAUCAUAAAGGACUAGCCAAAUCCAUUGGAGUGUCCAACUUCAAUGAACAACAAAUGAAAGAUGUUUUACAGACCGCUGAAGUUCCUAUUCAGGAUGCACAGUUUGAAUGUCAUUUGUACUUCCAACAGCCUGAACUGGUAAAGUUUUGCCAGAGUAACAACAUUGCGAUUACUGCUUAUGCUCCAAUUGGGUCGCAGAUUCACAUUACUGAGGAGAAGGAGGAGUAAGUUGGUUUUUUACUCAUCAUUGAGAUUAUCUUGACUUAUUUUAAAUUACCCUAUCCUACUCUACUCUAUCCUCUUUUACCCUACCCUAACUUACCCUACUACAUCCUAUCUUAUUCUACCCUUCUCUAUUCUGCUCCAUCCUAUCCUACUAUACUCUACUUUACCUUUUCCUACCUACUAUACUUCAUUAAAACUUCUAUUUCAGCUGUCGUGAAACCAAAGAAGGCGUUUUAAAUCCUCUUGAAGACAAAUACGCAAAAUCAUUGGCUGAGAAGUACAAUAAAACUGUAGCUCAGAUCCUUCUUCGUCACGCGAUUCAGCGUGGCAUCGCGGUGAUUCCGAAGAGUAAGAAUCCAGAAAGAAUUCGACAGAAUUUCGACGUAUUCGAUUUUGAAUUGACUUCAGAAGAAAUGGAAAAAUUGAAUGGAAGAGAUGGAGGACAUCGUAUAUUCAUGCAAGAACAGUACGAAGGUCAUCCUCAAGAUCCCUGGGAUCAGGAGAGGCAGAAUGGGGCUUGA